AUGGAUUAAUCGUUUAACGAUCUCAAAUUUCAAUUAUAGUAAGAGCUAUAAAAGGAAGGAAUGGUUGAAAAUAUGAAAACAUAGCUUAGAUACAAGUUACUGGAGAGACUGUAAAUGCAAUAAAAGAAAAUUCCAUCCUCCGAUAAAGUAUCAGAAAGUGAGAUGUUACUAAAAAGAGUGUUAGCUAGUGCAGUGGCAGAUUAUUUACGAGAGGCAAGAAUGGAUUAUUCAUUGUCUGUUUUUGUACCAGAAACCACUUUUGGAGCAGCUUUAUUGAAUAAAGAGGAAUUGAAAAUACUUUUGAAAAUUGAUAAUUUAUAAGGAUCAAUUUUGUCAUAAAUGUUUAGUGAUAUAUUGCUUCUUAAGCCUAAGGAACCACUGAAAUCCAAUGCAGCCACUUAAACAUUUUAUGGGGAUGCUGUAAUAAAUUUGGAACAGAAAUUAAGCAUGGUAGAUAAUAUGUACAAAAGCAAAAUUGAAAAUGAACUGCUCAAACCUUAGUAUGAUAUGGAGGAACGAAUUCUGAAGAUGAAGAGAGAAUAUGAGCAACGUUUGAAAACGGAAAUAGCCACAGAGACGACCAGAAUCAGAGAGUUUGAGGCCUAGCACAUUAGGUUGGAGGAGGCUGAUAAAUACAGAUAAAAAUUAUAGGAUUACAGGGAGGAAUUAGAGAAGAAUUUCUAAGAGAAAUUAAAUGUUUUGAGGGAAAGGGAAAAUGAAACAUUAAAGAUGGCUGCAUAGAAAACAAAAGAACUAGAGUCUUUGAAUUAUUAGUAUAGAUAAAAGAUUUUGAAGGAACAUGAGAUAAUUAAGUUAAAAGAAUAGGAAAUAGAGAAAUAGAGAAUUGCUAAUGAGGAGAGCUUGAAAUUCUAGAAGGCCAAAUUGGAUGUAAUGGAAAGAGAUUUGUCUAAGAAAUUGGCUGAUGCAAAUGGCAAUGAGGAUGUGAUUCGCAGAAAGUAUGAGGCAUAAAUACAUGCAGCCAAAGCUUCAGCUGAGACUGAAUUCUAUGAGGAGAGAGAAUAGAUUAGAAAUAAACUAAAAUAGCUAGAGGGAGAUCUAAGGAAUAUGGAGAAUUUGAAGUCAACUAUUAAGACUUUGUAAAGGGAAAAUGAACAAAUGGUGGAGGAAAAUAAAAAGUAUGUUGAAUAAGUAAGAGAAGUUAAAAAGAGAAGAAAGGAAAUGGAGUAUGAAUAUGAAUAAAUGAAAGAAAAUCUAAGAGCAGUAAGUGAUGCUCAGAGAAGAGAUUAGGAAUUAUGUAGAAAAUAUGAAACAGACAUAAGAUUGAAAGAGGAAGAGAUGACUUUAUAUAAAACAACUAUCAAUCACAAGGAUGGAAUGUUGAAUGAUCACAAAGUACUGUAAUAGGAAUAGGUCAAAAAGUUAUAAAAAGAAAUUGAGCAAUAUUAGAAAAAGGUGGAAGCACAAGAACUCUUGAUCAAGGAUUUGUAGGUUAAAGAGAAUCAUUCGCCUAACUUUGAUAUUCAAUCUGCGUUAUUUAAGGGAAACAUUGCUGAUUCACAAUUGAUGCAAUAUAAUUUCUAGGAUCACAGUAAUAAAAUGAAGCAAAUCAACAAUGAAUUAGAUGAGAAUAGGAUGAGAAGAAGAGAAGAAAUAAAGAGAUUAUAAGAGAAUGCUGUUGUAUCUUUGAAUACUGAACCUGCUUUGAAAUUCGAUAAUGUUUGGGAUGUUUACAACAGUUCUGUCAAUUAUUCUUAGGUUGGUGGAUUGCAAUAUAGAUCCAAGUUGCAUGAAGAUUACUAGGGUGGUAAGAUAUUUUAGACUGGAGAGGAUGCCCAAUCUUAAGUUGUUUAGAGUGGUGUAUUUUAAAAGAAGCCAGGAUAGGGAACACAGUAAUAGCAAUCCAAUAUUAUCGAGGAAACAUAUUCAGAACUUAUGUGA